CCCAAAACUUUCCGAUUGCAAUCUCUGGUUAUGUUAAUGAGAGAGCGGAUUCGCGAUUCUCUACCUCGACGAUCGUCGUCAUCUUCUCCGACGAGUCACCGUGACGGAAACGAGUCUAGCGUGAUUAAACCCGGUGAUGUGUCAAACCGUUCCGAUCAAAUCGAUGUGGUUUCUCACGGAGUCGAGUACCGGGAACAAGAUAUUGAUGGUACUCGGAGAGAUUCUGAUCUGUACGACGUAGAGAUUCAAAGACGCACUGGAUUUUCUAAUAAGAACCGACGAGAAGAAGAAGAGAGAGACGAUGAACGUUAUGUGAAACAUUUUCAUCUUCAGGAAGAUUCCGGUAAACGUUAUGCGGAAUCAUCGAGAGUCAUCACAUCGCAUAAUCAUUCGAGAUUGAGUGACGAACCUAAGCCCUCUAGAUUCAUCACAUCGCAUGAUGAUGAGUAUUCUCCAUCUCAUGGGAAGAAUGUGUUGCUAAGGAACGAUGAAACUAGACGAUUGGAAUCGAUUUCUCGCGAGUUUAGUGAUUCAUCUCGUCAUAGUGAAGAUGGUAGAGAUAGAGAUACUGUUAGAUAUGAAUCAUCACCUCUGUCACAAGUAGGGUCUAGUUUUGCUGAUUUCCAAGAUGAAAGCUCUAGGCUUGUAAGUGUAGAUUCUAGAUCUUUCGGUCGUGUGAAUGAUUCCGAUGAAAGAAGAAGACAUGAUUGUAAUGGGAAUAUUUGUGCUUCCCAGGUUUUACAGGCUACACUUGUCGAUGAUCAACAAGGGAAUUCCUUUUAUAAGCGUGGAGACCAUGAUUCACCAAUUGUGAGCAGGUGUGGCAAAGAGAUUGUGGAUGAAUCUCGCAAUAAUUAUCAUAUAGGCUCUGAAAUAGCAAUGAGAGAGUUUCCUAGUGUUAGGCAUGAUGUCAAUAAUGUGGCUAGAGAGAGUGAUCUUCUUAUGCAAACGAGAGGAUCUUUAUCAAAAUCCCAUGUCUGUGGUUCAAAUAAAGCUGAUGUUGAUGUGGCCGAUACCCAUCUUGAUUUUUGCAGGAAAGAGAGGAUGGCUGACCAUUAUGAGUCUGUGAAGGAAGAUUAUCCUUUUGUGGAGUUGGGAUCAAGAGUGGUGAAUGAACGAGAUGAUAAGGAUGAUCACUACAGGAACUUCUGUAAUGAAGAAAGGAAGGUUGUUUAUUUGGAUAACAAAUGUCAACCACUGAGAAAGGAUUAUCAAUAUGAUGGUGUUAACAGUAGAAAGAAUCUUGAUUUCUGUGAACCAUAUGCUGUCGUAGAUCAAGAUGAUAAAGCUUUACAGAGCAUAGCUCGCUGCUUAAAUAAAGAAAGGGAAGCAUAUUUGGAUAAUGAGAGAAAUGCUGUUUUUUCAGAUGAUAAAAGACGGGAACUGAGAAACGAGUAUCACUGUGGCAAUGACGGUAGGAUGCAUUCUGAGGUAGAUAGGACAGAUAUUUUGGUAGAUCAGGAUGAAAGAGGAGUGAAGCUUCAACGAGUAUGCUUAAACAAAGGAAAGGCAGCAUACUUGGAUAAUGAAAAGAAGGAUGUUUAUCGGAAUUACAAAAGCCGGCAACUGGAAAAAGUUUAUGACUCUCGGUCUGAUGCUAGGAUUUAUCCUGAUGUCAACAGAUUAGAUAUUCUGGUAGACCGGGAAUGGGAAGAUGCCAGAGGUUUAAGGUAUACAGGAGGAUCCUUAAAUGAUAGGAGGGAAGCAUAUUUACCUUGUGAAAGUCAGCAACUCCUAAAUGAUCAUGAAACUAACUCCUAUGGCAUGAUGCAUCCCGAUGUCAACAAAUCAGAUGUUCUGGUAGACCGGGAAGAUUCCAGAGGUCUUAGGUAUAGAGGAGUGUCCUUGAAUGAUAAAAAGGAAGCUUACUUGCAAUGUGAAAGCCAGCGACGCCUAAAUGAUCAUGAAACUGACUCUUAUGUCACGAUGCAUCCCGAUAUCAACAAAUCAGAUAUUCUGGUAGACCAUGAAGAUGCCAGAGGUCAGAAGUAUAGAGGAGUGCCCUUAAAUGAUAGAAAGAAAGCAUAUUUGCAACGUGAAAGCCAGCAACUCCUAAACGAUUAUGAAACUGACUCGUAUGUCAUGUUGCCUCCUGAUGUCAACAGAUCAGAUAUUCUAGUAGACCAUGAAGAUGCCAGAGGUCUAAGGUUUAAAGGAGUAUCCCUAAAUGAUCGAAAAGAAGCAUAUUUUCAAUGUGAAAGCCAGCAACGCCUAAAAGAUCAUGACACUAUCUCUUAUGGCAUGAUGCAUCCCAAUCUCAAUAAAUCAGAUAUUCUUAUAGACCGGGAAGAUGCCAGAGCACUUGAGCUUAGAAGAGUAUCCUUCGAUGAUGGAAAGGAAUCAUACAUGGAUUAUAGAAGGGGGGAUGCAUAUCCGCGUUACAAAAGCCAACAACUGAAGGAAGAUUAUGACUAUGGCAUUGAUGACAGGAUUUAUCGUGAUGUCAACUCUUCAGAUAUUAUUGUAAACCAUGGAGAUGCCAACGCACUAGAGCUUAGAAGAGUAGCCUUCCGUGAUAGAAAUGAAGCAUAUUUGGAUAAUGAAAGCAAGGAUGUUUAUCAGCAUUACAAAAAACAACCACUGAAGGACUAUGACUCUGGAAUUGAUGAAAGGAUGUAUGCUGCUGUCACCAAAUCAGAGACUGUGGUAGACCAAGGAGGUACUAGAGCUCUAGAGCGUAGAGGAGUAUCCUCGAAUGAUGGGAGGGAAGCCUAUUUGCACUAUGAAAGCCAGAAACUUCUAAGAGAUCAUGAAAUUGAUUCGUAUGGGAGGAUGCAUCCUGAUGUCAGUAGAUCAUCAGCUGGCAAGCAAGAUGAGGAAGCUCUUCGAGGCAGGAGAUAUCAUUUUGAUGACCGAGAUCAAGUCUACUUGGAUGAUGAGCGCUUGCAACAACGAAAUGGUGGUCAUGUUCAAGUUCAUGCCAAUAUGAGAUAUCCAGAUGGUAGAGAAGAGGUUUAUCAUUCAAAUGAUCCAAUACUGCGUACAAGAGAUGCUUAUGGUCUUAGAGACGACGCAAGUGAGCUUAUGCAUGAGAAUAUGGCUUAUGAUUACAACUACGGUGAUGCUAAGCAAUCAAGAAUGUCUUAUGAGAAGGCAGAUAGUGAAAGGUUCCGUGAACAUGAAGUAACGUAUGAUUACAGAGACAAGCUAGGGAACUAUGCAGUGGAUGGAGGAACAAGCAAAGACCAAUUCCGAUACUUAACUGAUGAAAGGAAUUUUGGUAAUGUUGAUCACACAUCAACUCCGCGCCGUCGAUUAUCUGCAAAAGAGCGUUUAGGUGGACGUGUCGAAGAAGAUUCACGUGUUCAUGUGAAACAUAGACUGCAUCAGGUUAGAAACCCAAAACUAAAAGAGAUGCGCUCUAAGGACAAAAUCUCCUACUUUUAUGAUGGGGAUGUGGGGAGCGUCUAUUUUGGUCCAAAUCACCCGAUGAAACCUCACAGGCUUUGUAUGACUCAUCAUCUUAUCCUUGCAUAUGGCCUCCAUAGCAAGAUGGAAGUUUAUCGUCCACACAAGGCAUAUCCUAUUGAGAUGGCUCAGUUCCAUUCUCCCGACUAUGUGGAGUUCCUGCAAAGAAUUAAUCCAGAAAAUCAGAACCUGUUCCCCAAUGAAAUGGCUAGAUAUAAUCUGGGAGAGGAUUGUCCUGUCUUUGAAGAUUUGUUUGAAUUUUGUCAAAUUUACGCCGGCGGAACCAUAGAUGCUGCACGCAGGUUAAACAACAAACUGUGUGACAUUGCUAUAAAUUGGGCGGGCGGGCUGCACCAUGCCAAAAAAUGUGAUGCAUCUGGGUUUUGUUACAUCAACGAUCUUGUACUAGGAAUUCUUGAGUUGUUAAAACACCAUCCCCGUGUGCUAUACAUAGAUAUAGAUGUUCAUCACGGUGAUGGAGUUGAAGAAGCUUUUUACUUCACUGACAGAGUAAUGACUGUUAGCUUUCAUAAGUUUGGGGAUAAGUUCUUUCCAGGGACAGGCGAUGUUAAGGAAAUAGGAGAAAGAGAAGGGAAAUUUUACGCCAUUAAUGUGCCGCUGAAGGAUGGAAUUGAUGACAGUAGUUUCAACCGUCUGUUCAGGACAAUAAUUUCCAAGGUUGUUGAGAUAUAUCAACCGGGUGCAAUUGUUCUUCAAUGUGGGGCAGAUUCACUGGCCAGGGAUCGACUAGGAUGCUUUAAUCUCUCUAUUGAUGGACAUGCCGAAUGUGUUAAAUUUGUGAAGAAGUUCAAUCUUCCCUUACUGGUUACAGGAGGUGGAGGAUACACAAAAGAGAAUGUAGCUCGGUGUUGGACAGUUGAGACUGGCAUUCUUUUGGACACAGAACUUCCUAAUGAGAUUCCUGAAAACGACUACAUAAAGUAUUUUGCGCCGGAUUUUUCUUUGAAGAUACCGGGUGGUCACAUUGAGAAUCUUAAUACCAAAUCAUACAUCAGUUCGAUCAAAGUGCAGAUUUUGGAAAAUUUGCGAUACAUUCAACACGCUCCAAGCGUGCAGAUGCAGGAGGUUCCACCGGAUUUCUACAUACCGGAUUUUGAUGAAGACGAACAAAACCCGGAUGAACGUGUGGAUCAGCGUUCGCGAGAUAAGCAGGUCCAAAGAGAUGAUGAAUAUUUCAAUGGGGACAAUGAUAACGAUGCUUCGUAACUUCGAUUCUUAGAACAGAAGACACUCCAUUGUUGUUUAUUUUUUGUUUGGUUAUGAGAAUUGUAAUGAUAACAACAUUUUAACGGCUAUUGGGCACCAAAACCACUACUGAUUGAUUCCAGCUUCUUCAUCUUUUUCUCUUGGUGUAUAUUAAUGGAGCUUUUCUUAUUCAUUACUUCGUCACUGUUACAGUUU